AAAUCUCCAUCUCCAUCUCGGCCAGCCCAGACAAUGCCUCCCAACCUCACCGGCUACUACCGCUUUGUCUCACAGAAGAACAUGGAGAACUACCUGCAAGCCCUAAACAUCAGCAUGCCUCUGCGGAAGAUAGCACUGCUGCUCAAGCCAGACAAGGAGAUUGACCAUCAGGGCAACCACAUGAUAGUGAAGACCCUCAGCACGUUCCACAACUACAUUCUGGAAUUCGAGGUGGGAGUUGAGUUUGAGGAGGAUCUAAGGAUCGUGGAUGGACGAAAAUGCCAGACCAUUGUAACCUGGGAGGAGGAGCAGGUGGUAUGUGUGCAGAAAGGGGAGGUCCCCAACCGAGGCUGGAGACACUGGCUGGAGGGAGAGAAGUUGUAUCUGGAACUGACUGCAAGGGAUGCAGUGUGCGAGCAGGUCUUCAGGAAGGUCAAGUAGCCAGAGGAGAGCUGAGGGCCCCUCCAGACUGCACUGGUCCCCAGACUCCUCUUGCUCAUAACCCUUCAAGCCCAGAUUGUCCCAGGUCAGCAGUCCCUUUCUCGGGCCACUUACUCUGCCUCCAGUUCUCUCCUCACCCCUCCCCAUGUUAAUCUAUAACUUGCAGCCCCCGGGUCAAAGUCCUUUUUCCUCACAC